AUUGCCCAAUGCCAACAGACACACAGUCCCGGAAUUGGAACGUGUUGAAACCUUGAGUGACUCAUUCUUUGAAAAGCUACUGGCGUGCAAGGCGUUUCUUAUUAAGCUUCCGGAUUGUUUAUUUCUUGUCAGUGUGUGUCGAUCAACGGCGUGGAGAAUUUGUCUUUGUUUCAGUGUGAAAAAUCAAUAGUUAUUCAUCAUCAUGUCUCUCUACCCUUCUCUCGAGGACAUGGAGGCCGAUAAAAUGAUCAAAGCCCAAAUCAAGGAACAUCAUAAAUCUGUGGCCCCUGGUCCUGUGUACAGUGUGCAUCCUCCUCAAAGCCAUGCAAUAAUUACUGAGAAUGCUAUACUGUACCCUUCUCUUAACGAUUUCAUGGGGAUGGAAAUCACAUCAGAAAUGCUUUCUGCCAACCAAGUGGCUCUUUUCCCAGCUCAAUCUGUAACAACUAUGGCAGUUACAAGCAAUUCUGUGGCCCCUGUGUCUUCAUUCGGAAUGGUAGCUCCACUGUCAGGACAGAGUUUGGGACUAGCCCGUGGCCAGGUGACUCAUGGAAUUAGAGAGUUGGUAUUGUGUAAAGGAAGUGAUGGCAAAAUAGGAGUUCGCUGCCAGGCAGUUUCAAAAGGUAUUUUUGUAAGCUUGGUACAGUCUGGAUCUCCUGCUGCUCUGGCCGGUCUACGUUUUGGUGAUCAGAUUCUUCAGAUUAACGGAGAAAAUGUCGCUGGAUACUCCAUGGACAAAGUUCAUAAUAUUUUCAAAAAAGCUGGUGUAAACAGUAUUCACGUUGCAGUACGAGACAGGCCAUUUGAAAGGAGCCUCACUUUGCACAAAGAUAGCUUCAAUCAUGUAGGCUUCACAUACAAGGAAGGUUGCAUUACCAGUUUGGUGAAGGAUUCUUCAGCUGCUCGCAACGGCCUUCUGACUGAUCACAAUCUACUCGAAGUCAAUGGCCAAAAUGUGGUCGGAUUAAAAGACAAAGAGAUUGGUCGAAUUAUGGAAGGUGCUGGUGCUUGCGUCACCCUCACAGUUAUGCCAAAGUUUCUCUACGAGCAUAUGAUUAAAAACAUGUCCAACAGUCUUUUGAAGAAAGCGAUGGAUCAUUCUGUUCCGGACCUGUAAAAUGCUGAAUCGGUUUCUAUCGGCCAACCUUAGAUCAAGUCAUUUGUUGUUGCCCAACGAAGGUGCACGCCGAAACGACGAUUAUUCAAUGAAUCAAUCAUUCAACUUACUUCUGCUAUACAUAUAAUACGGUAUCGUGAUCCUCCCUCGAAUUUGACUUGGUUCUCCCUUCUUUUCGUUUCCAAUUUUCGUUUGUUUUAAUUGAGUGUUUCAAACAAAUAUUUUGUCUACAUUCGCUGGUUCUGGUCUCAAAAACAUUUCCUUCUUUUCUCGUUUGCCAUAAAGUGUACACGUUGGGCGCUAUAUGUUAUUAUAUACUAACCACAAUAAAGAAAUUCAAAAUUU